AUGAGCGACAACAAUACACAGGAGACCGAUGCUCUCGUUGACAGCGCCUCAUCACCUCACAUACCCAUUCGUCGACCUCACGUUCUGUGCACUGUCGCGUCGUUUGUGCUGGUGUUGAACUGCGUUGACUACACAACGUAUGUUGGUGUGAGCCAAGCCUUCAAAAACUUCUUGGAGGGUCGGUUAGGGUAUUCCAAGGUCGCGGCCAGCGCCCUCCGCAGUACCUGGACGAGUUUUUACGACAUCGUCCUGCUGUAUGAGGCGUACGUUGGGGAUGAACGUUGUGGUACGUACAAGACAAUCGUCGUCUUUUCCGUCUGGUACGCGUCAUGCGCGUUGCUUUCGCUGGCGGCUCACCUGUACCUGCUGGAGCACCACGUGUCUUUGGCGAACAUUUGUUUUUUGGUGGCGCUGUUUGGAGGGAUUGGGUUGAGCAAUCGAGCAUAUGAUCCGAAUCCUGUGACCUUUGGCGCCGAUCAAUUGUCCUCCGACAAACUCACCACCACAACAAACGUCGUUCACGCAUAUUUUUCGACGUUGAGCACCAGCGUAUCCCUUUGCCCCGAGCUGGCGUGGAUUGUUGGCGGGUUCUACCUGUUCUUGCAGUCAUUUUGCCUGAAUGUGUUGGCAUUGGUGCUGGAUCCAAGCUCGGCAGCGCGGACGUCUGCUGCCGCUGCCAUUUGUGUUGUGUGUGGAGUUUGCUGUUGGAUUGCCAUGGCGCGGGAUCCAUGCUACCUGGACGCCCAUCCAGAAUUGUCAGUGCCGGUGAUUGCCGACUUGAAAGAAGUGCUCAGAGUGCUACCGUUUGCGAGUUCUUUUGUGAUUUGGCAGUGGCAGACGCGAACUUCCAAUCCUCGUGCAGUAAUGCGAUUUGCGUUGGGGUCACGGGCGCAAUGCAGGCAGCGCAAAUUCCCGGGGUGA